CACCUCUCCGAGAGCCGCUAAGCGGCGCUGCGCUCCGUGGGCCGGGGCCACCCUCCCCUCCGCUUCUCCGUCCGCUGUCCCGCCCCCGCGUGGUGGUUGGCGCCAAAAUCAAAGACUGUGUACUGGCCGGCCUCGCCCCACGCUUCGCGCAGGCCCCGUCGCAGGAAGGCCCGCCGCCCGCACCAUGUCAAAGAAGAAAGGACUCAGUGCAGAAGAAAAGAGAACUCGCAUGAUGGAAAUAUUUUUUGAGACAAAAGAUGUAUUUCAAUUGAAAGACUUGGAGAAGAUUGCUCCCAAAGAGAAAGGCAUUACUGCUAUGUCAGUAAAAGAAGUCCUUCAAAGCUUAGUUGAUGAUAGUAUGGUUGACUGUGAGAGGAUUGGAACUUCAAAUUAUUAUUGGGCUUUUCCAAGUAAAGCUCUUCAUGUGCGGAAACGUAAGUUGGAGGUUCUGGAAUCUCAGCUGUCUGAGGGAAGCCAGAAGCAUGCAAACCUACAGAAGAGCAUUGAGAAAGCUAGGAUUGGCCGGCAAGAGACAGAAGAACGAGCCAUGCUUGCAAAAGACCUUUCUUCGUUUCAGCACAUGAGGGAACAACUUAAGGCAGAAGUAGAAAAAUACAAAGAAUGUGACCCACAAGUUGUAGAAGAGAUACGUCAAGCAAAUAAAGUAGCCAAAGAAGCUGCUAACCGAUGGACUGUACUGGGAGUUGAACACAGAAUUUCACACAUGCUAGGCCAAGUGCUCUACCACUGAACUAUAUUCCCAGCCUGAAGUUUCAUGGAAUCCUAAAGAUUUGUCUUUUUGUAAAUAGUAACAGCUAAUAUUUUUGAAAGCUAUUUGCUGCUUACUGUAAUGAGUACCUUUGUUAUUUUGUUACUUUAUCACUAUGAUAAUCUUGAAGAUUUUCCUCAAUUUGAAGAAUCAGCCAAAACCCUGAAGAGUUCAAGGUCAUACGUGUACUAUAGGACAGGAAUUAAACCCCUGUGUUUCUUUUGUUUUGUUUUGUUUGGUUGGUUUUCUUUUCUUGAGACAGGAUCUCCCUGUAGCCUCAGCUGGCCUGGAACUUGCUAUGUAGACCAGGCUUGCUUUGAUCUCACAGAGAUCUGCCAGCCUCUGCUUUCCAAGUGCUAGGAUUAAAGGCAUGUACCACCAUACCCUAAGACCCCUGUGUUUCUGAGUCCAAAGCCCACACUCUGGAACAACGUUGUCUUUCCUGUAAGUCUGCUUUCUUUUUCAGAUCUAUACCAGAGAGAUUCUAAGAAGUAGGAGUUCAUGGACAUUAUGACACCAGAUGUGAUAGCAGAUGCCUGCAAGUUCAUCACUUUGGAGGCUAAGGCAGGAAGGUUACGGUCAGUUUAGGGUCAACCUGAGCUACAUAAUGAGCUCCUAUUCUCUCUCAAGGCUUUCCCACUCCAGAAAAUGCAUUAUGUAUGUGUCUUAAAGUUUAGAAGAAAGUUAGUAAUGGUUGUUAUGAUUUGUAUACACAUAUGAUUAGUAUUAUUAAAACCUGCCAAAAAGUAACAUUGAUUUUUUUCCCAAUAUUUAAUUAUAAAAUGAUGGUGAUUGAGUUUUUCCACCCCAGUGAGAGUCUAUAAUAUCUUCCCAUGUAUUACUCAUCCUCAUUAUGCUUCCGUGGGAAAAUAUGUAUAAGAUUGAAGCAGAAAUGGUAAAAGCUUAAAGGGACUGCGUUUAGUCAGAAAGGAUUAGUCACUGAAGAACCCGAUUUGUGCCAGACUCCCUGCUGCCUUUUUAGGCCUGUGCUUCACAAAAAAUUAAAAUUUUUUCCUGACUAUUUUAGAAUCAAAUGAAUUGGUAAUAUUAAUAUAAUUGUCCUUUGGCUCCUAUAAAACUUUUGAUAACAAGUCAUUUUCUAAAUAAAAUACUACUUUAAAAUAAGAGUGGAAGAAAAAAA